UGUGUAGUUGCGCGUGUGUGUUUUGAUAAGCAAGAAAAGUGCGGCGAUCACAUCACGCGCCGAGAAAAAAUAGCUUGUUAAUCAUUUCGCUGACUGACUGACGCUGUGUUUGAUCAGCCAUGUCGUUCCGAGACCCCCGAGGGAGGGACAACAUGAACCGUUGGGGACGAGGCGGUGACGACGGCCCACGCGGUAGCCUCAAGGGCAGGCAGCCUGGCGAGCGCCUGCGCAAGCCCAAGUGGGACCUGUCGCGGCUGCCCCCUUUCCAGAAGGACUUCUACAAGGAGCACCCCACCACUGCCCACAGGCCCAAGCAUGAAGUGGAUGCAUACCGGAAGCAGCACGACAUCACCAUCCGCGGCAAGGACGUUCCCAACCCCAUUCUGACAUUCGAAGAGGCUAACCUGCCGGAUUUCUGCAUGUCAGCGAUCCGUCAGGCGCAAUACAACACCCCAACUCCCAUUCAGGCACAGGGUUGGCCGAUCGCCCUCAGCGGACGGGAUAUGGUCGGCAUUGCUCAGACCGGUUCGGGCAAGACGCUCGCGUACAUCCUUCCAGCAAUCCUCCACAUCAGCCACCAACCUUACUUGGAGCGUGGUGAUGGCCCCAUCGCCUUGGUGGUGGCCCCCACGCGAGAGUUGGCCCAGCAGAUCCAGCAGGUGGCGGCGGAGUUUGGCAGGGCCUCCCGCAUCCGCAACACGUGCGUCUUUGGCGGCGCACCCAAGGGACCACAGAUCCGUGACCUCGAGAGGGGAGUGGAGAUCUGCAUAGCGACCCCCGGCCGUCUGAUCGACUUUCUGGAAGCGGGCAAGACAAACCUGCGCCGCUGCACGUACCUGGUGCUGGACGAGGCGGACCGCAUGCUGGACAUGGGCUUCGAGCCGCAGAUACGCAAGAUCGUCGAGCAGAUUCGGCCUGACCGUCAGACGCUGAUGUGGAGCGCCACCUGGCCCAAAGAGGUGCGCUCGCUGGCAGAGGACUUCCUCAAGGAGUACGUGCAGAUCAACAUCGGGGCGCUGCAGCUGUGUGCCAACCACCGCAUCCUGCAGAUCAUCGACGUCUGCCAGGAGUCCGAGAAGGACACCAAGCUCUUCAAGCUGCUGCAGGAAAUUAUGAACGAGCGUGAGAACAAGACCAUAAUAUUUGCCGAGACCAAGCGUAAGGUGGACGAGCUGACGCGCAGGAUGAGGCGCGAUGGUUGGCCUGCCAUGUGUAUCCACGGUGACAAGUCACAGCCAGAACGGGACUGGGUGCUUGGAGAGUUCCGAAGUGGGAAGUCUCCAAUCCUGGUUGCCACCGACGUUGCUGCCCGAGGAUUGGAUGUGGAUGACAUCAAGUUUGUCAUCAACUAUGACUACCCGAACUGCUCGGAGGACUACGUGCAUCGCAUUGGGCGGACGGCCCGCUCCAACAAGACGGGCACGGCGUACACCUUCUUCACGCCGGGCAACUCCAAGCAGGCCCAGGAGCUCAUCUCGGUGCUCAAGGAGGCCAACCAGGUGGUGAACCCCAAGCUGUUCGAGAUGUUUGAAAUGUCCCGCUCCUACGGAGGACGCGGUGGUCGCAACCGCUGGCGCACUACGGGCGGCGGCGGUCGCAGGAACGACUACGAUGACGAUAACCGCCACGGGGGGCGCCGCUACGCCACAGGCGCCAACGCCUACAAUCCAGGCAACAAUGACUACACCACUUCCAACAACUCGGACCUACCAAACAGCAACUACGGAUACGGCAUUUCAAACUCGAACCAGUCGUCGCACCAGCCUUCGCAUCAGCCUUCGCACCAGUCGUCGCACCAGUCUUCGCACCAGUCGUCUCACAGCAACUCUGGCCCCGCGUCUGGCAUGGGCGGUGGCGGCGGCAGUGGAGGUGGAUCGAUGAUGGGGAUGACGGCCAUGGGACACAUGGCUCCCAUGACGCCCAUGAUGGGGCACAUGAUGCCCGUCAUGCACAUGCCCAACGGCCAGUCGUACAUGAUGUCACCCAUGCAACAGCAGCAGUCUGGGCAGCAGCAGCAGUCCGGGCAGCAACAGUCGUCACAGCCACAGCAGCAGUCUGGACAACAGCAGAUUGCCCACAGCCUGCUGGGUCCGCCACCCCCACCCCCACCACCGCCAGGUGUCACUAACGGCGCGGCGUGGUAGAAGCUGCUGUGCUGCGAGCUGGACUCUUUGUUUUUAUUUUUUCCACUUCAUGGUUUUUAGAUUUAUGUGCAACAUUUUAGACAACUGCAGUGGCCCCAGUGUGUUGCAUUCGGUUACACCCAGUGAAGUUGAGGCAAUCUGUACCCUGUGCUUUUGGAAGACUCGAAAAAUUAAGACAGUUGUGACUGGACAGAGGAAAUGCUCUCGCUUGGCUGUUCUGUCAUCUGUGGCAGUCAGCGUCGACAGAGAUUGGGGCAUGAGCACGACAACCGUUUCAUCACUCCUGGAACGAGUGGUAACUUCAAGAUGGGAAGGGGUGGAGCUACUGUUCUUUUUUUUUUUUUUUUUUUUUUUUUUUUUUUUAGCCAGAAUUGAAGCAGCUGCCUCUACGAUGGGUCGGCACUGCAUCGGUUAUGUGGAUGUGAUGGUAGCCAUGAUGUUGCUGCCCAUUAUAAAGUAGGUGUGCCUGCCUCUCACCAUUAGCGGAGCUAUUUAUUCUUUGAAAAAUGACAGAGUGGCUGCCACUGUGGCGCCCACGCCUCGAGGGCAGCACUGGCAUCGGCUGAACCCAGGGUAAAGAACACUGCGCGUGUUGCAACAUUUUUUUCCCAAAUGAAUCAACAUGCUUGUCUAGCAUGGUCUAUCACAGGUGUCUUUAUUCACUUCAUUUUUUCGCAGAGAAAAGUUUGUUGCCUAGAAAAGUGACAAGUACUUUGUCAGCUGUCUUGCAAAUAAUUCAUCCUGCAUUCGCUAUUCUUUUAACGAGGCAGAUGAUGCAGCUGCUUUUGAGGUAAGGGCAGGCAGGAAAACCUGCAAAUAUUUGUCAGGGUUGACGACUAUUUAGCUUGAAUGCUUCUUGGGUGCGGUACGCUUCUUGCAAUGCCUUUCGAUUUCUUCUCGCAUGGCUAAGGCACUCUGCCGACGAUGCUACUGGCUACGGACGAAGCCGUGGCUGAAGUUGUCAUAUCUGUGGGAUACAAAAAGCUGUCUCUUGUAUCUGGUUCACGGUCACUUCUGUUACAUAUGUCUUGACUUCUGGAGGAAAUGCUAAAGUGUCGUCUGAAACAAUUUGGGCAAUCUGUUCAGCAUUAAGUCCGUGCUACAUUUUUUGUGUAGGUGCAGUCAGUGGCUGCACUUCGGUGGUGACAGAAAGUGCGAAAAUUUUCUAUCCUUUUGUGCUGCCAGUUUACAUGGUGCGUAUUUCCAUUGUAUCGUAAACAACUGCAUAAAUCGAUUGUAAACAUUUGUCAUAAAUGCCCUGUUGUUAAGAGCAAUUUCUCAUUCUUUUUUUUUACCUUUGCAUAGUAGAAGCCUUUUACAAGUUUGAAACAGCAUUUCCUUGCCUUAGUUUUUGCAAAGUGCAAUGUUGUUAUUUUUGUUUAUUUUUCUCGCCUGUGGUGAGAGCAGCAGUUCAAAAUAAAUAACCCCUGGUGCCAUUCAAUGUCUGCAUUUCUUGCCUGCUGGCAGUAAAGAAAAAAAAUAAUAUGGGAGAAAAUCUCACUAAUUGUAAUAGCAACUGCAUUGAUUUCAUAAUGCAGCAUGUUUGCUGCCAUGUCAUUGUCGCCGGCUCCGUCAACAUUUAGCCACUCGUAGUGUAACUGCACAGUGUGUGCUCACUGGUCAUCAAAGAUAUGAGCCCGAGUCCAUCGCCACAUGCAUGUUAUUACAUUUUGUGAAUACGAGAAAAUAGAACAUGAUGUACUCGUAACAUGACAUCCAUGCAUGUGUUCUGGGAAUUAAAGUACUUGUCAUUUCAAUGAGCCACAUCCACAUGCUGUCAGUUCAUCCCCCCUCGGGCAGGCUGCCCCUUUGUAACCCUUUUGUAUAACCUAUGAAAUUCGUGCAGAAAUAAAUUGUUCUCAUCGUGA